AUGUGCCAGAAGGACAAUCAGAUUCCUCCGAAGACAGGUCCCGACUCCCUGGGGGCCGCAACCAGCAGCACCUUGGGCACGCUGAUCCCGGGGGCUGUGCCCGGAAGAGGCAAGCCAAUGCUGGGGCUGGACGUCACUCUGAUGGAAUCUCCGUCCAGCGCGUAUCACGAGGGGGACACGAUGAACCUCUUCCUGCUCGCUGGAGAUCACAAGCAAACUGGGUUCGUCUCGUUCCGGUCGUACGAUGCUUUGCAUUCAUGGUUGAUUUGUGUGGUGGCACCAUACACUGGAGUCGCGCCCGUCGGGGAGACGAGCAUCAUCCUGUAG